AUGAAUUUUCAAACCUAAUCUUGGGCUGAGAUACAAAGUUAGACAUUACAGCAUGAUCAGAAUCCAAGCGAAAUUGAGUAAAUUCUAUUAAUUAUAAAAAGAAAGAUUCCCCAGUCACGCAACAUCUCAUCAAUAAUUAAAGCGUCAAAUAAUUAAUUACAUGUGUUGAAAAUGAAGACAAUUAUUUUAAGAAUUUUCCAAUUAAAACAAGCCUUAAUUUAUUAAUAGCAUUCAAACUAAAUUAUAAGAUGA